AUGACAGACAAGACAAAGACGGGUCCCAAGGCGUAUGCCACCGGCCGAGGGAACGCUAUCCCCUCGAAGCCCGAACGCGGGGCACUUUUCACUCCUCGCUCACACUUCAAAACAUCACCGCGUCUCCUUGCCUAUGCGCUUUGUUUGGCAUUGCCAGCCACAGCUACGCAGAAACAUCUCAAGCACGUUGCAGGCUGUGUUCUAGCACACUGGUCAAUGCACGGCCAGCCACGCACACAAUCCACAGGCGACACAAUACAGCCCGUGCGCGCACUUAGCGACCCGCACCUCUGCCCCCGCCCUCGCACACAUCGAAAGUGA